CACUUUCUUUCACUUUAUAUAUAUCACUCUGCAUAUAUAUUGGUUCGCUUUCAUUUGAUCAAUAACAUUAAAUUGAAAUGGAAGGCAAAUGUGAUGUAAUACUAUUAGACUAUGGGUUUAGCAUGUUCGGUUUAAGGGCCAGAAUUGCUCUAGCUGAAAAAGGUGUUACAUAUGAAUUUAGAGAAGAGGACUUGUCCAACAAAAGUCAACUGCUCCUUGAGAUGAACCCGGUUCAUAAGAAAAUCCCGGUUUUGAUACACCAUGGCAAACCAGUAUGUGAAUCUACUAUCAUUGUUCAGUACAUUGAUGAUGCCUGGCAUGACGACUUUUCGCCUUUGUUGCCUACUGAUCCUUAUCUAAGAGUCCAAGCCAGAUUCUGGGCUGAUUUCGUCGAUAAGAAGAUAUAUGAAGGAGGGAGGAAGAUAUGGAAAGCAAAAGGUGAAGAUCAAGAACUCACGAAGAAUGAAUUCAUUGAUUUGUUGAAAAUAUUGGAAGGGCAACUCGGCGAGAAGCCAUAUUUGAUAGGAGAUAGUUUUGGGUAUGCUGAUAUUGUGCUCAUACCCUUCAGCUUAUGGUUUUAUACUUUGGAUACGGUUUUGAAUAUGACUAUAGAGAAAGAAUGCACAAAGUUGGCUCAAUGGGUUAAAAGAUGCAACGAACGAGAGAGCGUCUCCAAGACUCUUCCUCAUCCCCAAAAGUACUGCGAAAUGGUGCUGGAAAGGGAGAAGAAACAAGGUCGCUAAUGUAUAACAAAAACGACAUUUAGUUCGUGUUUCUUUUUGUUUUUAAAGAAAUUGAAACUUAGCUCAUGGAUGUGUAUGUAUGUUGUUCGAGUUGAUUCGUAUUUGGAGCACGAGUAUUAUCAUUA